AUGUCUUUUGGCACAGGUCCAAAGCCACUUCGCUCCCAGAUUGGGUCUAUAUUCAGGAGACGACCCACAACCGGUAAAAGCAAUGCAUCAAUCGUUAUCGAUCACGACAUCUACAACGAGCGAGGCCACUGCGACAAGUGUUCGGGAGUCCAACAAAACCACGUUUGCGGCCACGCCUACAUCGUCGAUGGGAGAAUGUGCGGUAAGCACUCAGGACUCCCUCUCGGGAAACCAGUCAUCAACUUCACUCCCACAAUGCAGGCCAUCGACGCGCCGUGUAACAACUGCAUCGCCAAAGCCUCAAACGAGGCCGAACUCGCCUUCCACAACAAAUACCGCAGCAUGAGCGAGAAGAAGUGGCGGAAAGAGGAAUCCAGAGAGAAUUUCAUGCUCACUGAGAUGGAACGCGUGAGGCAAAUGACGCCGGAAGAUUGGGAGGCCGAGAAGCUGGAGAGACAGGGGCAGUUGAAGAAGAAGAAGGGGAUUGUGGAGUUGCCUAGUCAUGUUGCUAGUGGCAAUGUGACGAUGUAUAAGAAUAAGAUCGUUUCGCAUACUGUGAAGCAGGAGAAACUUCUGGCUGUUCAUCAGUAG